GUUACGCACGACGUGCAGCGGUUCAAAGAGGAAGGAAGAUGGCGGAUAACAAAGGCGAGGACGAUAUGGAACCGUCUGCUAAUUCGGACUCAGUGCCUUCAGCGCAGGAAAACGUGCAGCAAGAGACUCCGGUCGAAAAUACGGCAAAGGACACAGACGUGAACGUCAAGGACGGGGAGGCAGCGGUGCCCGGCGACCAUGCCUACGAAGCCUCCACACUCUCCAGCGACGGGGGGGACGGCGGCAGUGGCGUGGAAACCGCUGCGGGAGUGGACGCGGACGGCGGCGCUAGCAACGCCGUCAGCCCGGCCGGAGCCAGGGGCGCCGGCGCGGAGCCCCCGGCGUCGGACUCCCCGAGCACCGGGGAUGCUGCCGUCGCGGGCGCCACAACCGAAACGUCCCCCGCGCCCGCGGCUCCAGCGGCCACGCCGGUUUCCGCUCCCAUCAAUUUGCUGGAUACGUGCGCGGUGUGUAAACAAAGUCUCCAGAGUCGUGACUGUGAGCCGAAACUUCUGCCCUGUCUGCACUCCUUCUGCCUGAAGUGCAUCCCGCAGCCAGACCGGCAGAUCAGCGUUCAGGUGCAGGGACCGCACGGGCAGACUGACACGCACAUAGUAAAUGUGAUGCGCUGUUCAGUGUGCCACCAGGACUACAAACAGAGCGACAUUAUUGACAAUUACUUUGUCAAAGAUACUACAGAGUCCACCAACACAUCCAAUGAGAGGACUGCACAGGUUUGUACAAGUUGUGAGGACAAUGCAGGAACCAUUGGCUUUUGUGUUGAGUGUGGAGAAUGGCUGUGUAAGACUUGCGUGGAAGCCCAUCAGCGAGUGAAAAUCACAAAGGACCACAAGAUCCGUACAAAGGAGGAUGCUAAUACUGCCUCUGAGGCUGUUGGUACCGGACAGAGGCCUGUUUUCUGUCCCAUCCACAAACAGGAGCCACUGAAGCUUUUCUGUGAGACCUGUGACACUUUGACCUGUAGGGAUUGUCAGCUGCUGGAGCACAAGGAGCACAGGUACCAGUUCCUGGAAGAAGCUUUUCAGAACCAGAAAGGGAUUAUUGAGACCACCAUGGCCAAGCUGCAGGAAAAGAAAAACUACGUUCAUUACUCUGUGUCUCAGGUGCAAAGCAGGUUGAAAGAACUGAAUGAGACACACAAGAAGGUGGAGCACGAGAUCAAAAUUGCAGUAUUCACACUUAUAAAUGAAAUCAACAAGAAGGGAAAGUCCUUGCUGCAGCAGUUGGAGAGUGUUACCAAAGAGCGGAGUAUGAGACUGGUGGCCCAGCAUAAGGAUACCACCCAGCUGGCCCAACAGAUCCACCAUGUGCUCAACUUCUGCCAAUGGGCCAUCAGUACUGGCAGCAGCACAGCACUCCUCUACAGCAAGAGGCUGAUUCUCUUCCAGCUUCGCCAGCUCUUUAAGGCCAGGUUAGACCCAGCACCGCAGGCCAAUGGCCUUGUGCGCUUCUUCUGUGACCCCACCUUCUGGGCCAAGAAUGUGGUAAAUCUAGGAAAUUUAGUGAUUGAGAAACCACCACCUUCUGCACAACCUCCCAGUGUGAUGGUGGGGGCACCGCCUCUUUCACCGGGGCAAGGUCAUCCGAGCAAACACCCGGGACAGAUCAACCUGGCCCAGCUCCGGCUGCAGCACAUGCACCAGGCAGCGUUUGCACAGCAGAAGCAACAGCAGCAGCAGCAGCAGCAGCACCAGCAGCAAAUUCAGCAACAGAUGCGUCUCGCCUCCCAGAUGUCCCAGCAGCACCCUAGGCAGCCAGGUCCACCCAUGGUUCAGCAGCAGCCUCCAAGGCUCAUCAGUAUGCAGUCGCUACCAAGAGGGCCUGGGGGUAUGAAUGGUGGGUCAGGUCCCUCGAUCUACCCGUCCUCCCACCACAUGCGUCUCCCUGGUCCACCGGGUCCACCACAAAAUCGAAUGCCUUCAGCCCAGCCGAGACUGAACGGACAACAGUAUCCCUCCAUGAUGCAGCCUCAGCUACAAAGGCAGAUGUCUAUAGAAUCUGAGAUGAGCCACCAAAGGUUUCGUUUCUUACUACAAUCAGGGCAUUCCAACCCGGGGCAUGCGGGCCCUUUCCCGGUGGCAUCUCUCCAUAAUGCAAACCCCACGAGUCCGACCAGUGCCAGUAUGGCUGGAGCCCAUGCUCACCGUGGCCCUGCCAGUCCCAUCUUGGGUCCAAUCGAGCUCAUCCCCUCCGUCACUAAUCCAGAGAACCUGCCCUGCCUACCUGAGAUUCCACCUAUUCAGCUGGAGGAUGCAGGUUCUAGUAACCUUGGGCACCUCCUGUCUCGCUACAUCACAGCCAGCACGCAGCAUCAUCUAGGAUCGGUGGACUUGAACCCCUCGCCUGGACUGUCCACGCACUCACCUGGAUCUUCAGGACUGUCGAAUGCCCACACGCCAGCACGACCUUCGAGCACAUCCAGCACCGGCAGCAGAGGCAGCUGUAGCUCUGCGGGAAGGACAGGAGCCGGAAGUGGAGCCGUAGUGGAGCCAGUCAAGGUAAAACAGGAGCCCGGUAUAGAAGAUAGCUACAGCUGUCCAUCUUCUUCUGUGAAGAUGGAGCACGGAAAAGAUGCCGGGAGAAGUGCCUGCAUGAUGAGCAGUCCGGAGAACAGCCCGCUCCCUGUACUAGGAGCUGUAUCCACAGGACAAGAUGCCCUCAAAUCUGUAGGGGAGCUCAUCAAAACAGAGCCCCAGUCUGAGACGACUUGUUCUGGACUAAAUGGCUCCACUACAUCCACGUUGAGUGCUUCUACUACCACUAUGACGUCCACUACCUCGCUGUCCUCUGAGAACAGGAGUAGCACAACAGGCCCUCUGCUCACUAACGGAAAUGUAGACAAGGGGACCGGGGCCAAAGCGAGCGUGGCUUCCUCUGUGACGACCAGCCCUGGUUGGAAAGAGGAUGACCCCAAUGACGACUGGUGUGCUGUUUGUAUCAAUGGCGGCGACUUGCUUUGCUGCGACCGCUGCCCUAAAGUGUUUCACAUGAAAUGCCAUGUACCCACGAUAAAAAUCAUCCCCGGGGGAGAUUUUCUUUGCACAUAUUGUCGGAGUCUGACCAACCCUGAGAUAGAGUAUUGUGAUGAUGCCAAGAAAAUCAAAGGAGAGCAGGGCCUGAGUCCUGAGGACCAAAGGAGAUGUGAACGCCUCCUGCUCUACAUCUUCUGUCACGAACUCAGUGUUGGCUUUAGGGAACCUGUUCCCAGCUCUGUGCCCAAUUACUACAAGAUUAUCAAGCAGCCUAUGGACCUUAAUAAAGUCAAAAAGAAGCUGGAGUUGCGAAACUCCCACCACUACCAGUCCAUCCAGGACUUUGUGUCAGAUGUGCGUCUGGUCUUCAAAAACUGUGCAAAGUACAAUGAGAUGUCUCGAAUAAUCCAGGUUUAUGAUGAGGAGAAACAGAUUAAUACACAGGUGGGCUCAGAGAUGGCCAUAUCCGGCAAGGCAGUGAGUGUGUACUUCGAGGAGAAGCUGCAGCAGAUGUUCCCAGGACUGAGCUUCCCCGAAACAGCUGAACCCAAGUCCCCGGAGGAGAACGAAGAAGAAGAAACAGACGACUCUGAGGAGGACAUUGUACAGCCCAAACGCAAACGGUUAAAAGUGGAUGAGAAAUUACUCCAUAUCAAGUGAGAACCAGCCUCAAAAGAAACAAGAGACGCGAAUAACGGUCUUCCUCACAUCCCUCUCAUUUGAGGCAGAAAACAAAAAAGGACAAGACUCGCUGUAUAAACUGCUUUGUUUAUGUCAUUCUUGCCUUGGAUCAAUUCUUGUCAAUGACAUCAAGUCUGCCUUGAUCAGAACUCUUGAGGACAAACAUAAAAGAGCUGCAUUUCCUCCUGACUUCAUGGACAUUCAGAACCCGGGUUUUGAAUCAGGAUUUAUUUUGAGUAGUUAAUUUAAUAGAGGUUUUUUUGUUUUUAUCCAUUUUCAUUAGUAGAUUUGUUGUGGCUAUUGCUUUAUAAAACAUUUAAAUUUCCAGUUCUGUUAAAUGUAUGUCUAUACUUUGACAUAAAACCUAUGAAGUAUUUGUAUAACUUUGUGGAAGCGUUAUGUAAAUAAGAGAAUCUAGCCCACUGAAGGUAUUCCUACAGUAUAGUUGUCUGGGUGCGUCAUCAAUAAAACCUGUUCUUGAUAUAUAUUAAAGAUGGUGUGAAAUUCACCUCUAAAGCAUGUUGGUGGUUUACAAGUUGUCCAUCUUCAGCUUCUGCCUUGAAGAAAACACUAAAAUAUGACCUUUUAUCUCAUUUUGACUUGCAAUUGUUCUUUUGUUUCAUCAUGACUACUUCUUCUACUUCUUCUUCUACUUGCAUGUCGUGGCAGAAAUGGGCUUCUUUACACGUCAGAGCUGCUGAGUCAGCCUGACAAACGUGUCAAGUGACAGAUUUUACCAACUCAGAGGUUUUGAAAGUUGCUUACAGAAACUUAUCUCUCCUCCAAUUUGACUUUAGAUUUGAUCGUUUUCUCCAUCUAAGACAUUUCUGUCAUGUUUGCCUAUACUUUUCAGGACUUGCAACAGAAAAACUACUGACCUAAUUAUAUAAUUGAUUAUCUCUUA